UGUUCAGUGUCUGUUACCUCCGCUUCACUCUCGCUUGCCCGCCGCCAACCGCCAACCUCUAGUACACGCAGAUGGGCCACUCCGUAACGGACGGCACGUGCAUUGGAACACUGUCGCGACGCGCUUGAGGCACUCGUACCGUUCCACAGCUCGAACACGACGGGAUCAAGCGCAAAACGAGUCCAGACGGAGAAGUCACAAGAAUGAGGAGCAAGAGCGAUGGGCGAGGGCUAAGCAGAGAGACGAAAACCAAAUUCACGCUUGCCUCAUCUCCUGCUCACCCGCGCAUCCGUGGGUUGCGGCCGCAGGGUCAGCAUGUCAGGACGACUGGACAGAGACGAGCCCGACGAAGACGGCCCUACCGGUUCGCUCGGUUCCAGCACCUCGCGCGGCGUAUCCUCUCCACCAACUGCCUUAACCGCUCGCUCGUCACCUACCUCGUUUGGCGUGCACUCUCUGCGGCGAACCGCGGCAAGCCGCUCCUCCCCCGCCUUUGCCGCACGGUCUCUGACUCGGUGUUCUACGUGGAAUUCCUGCUCCUCAUCCCACGGACGCCGUGCCACAUCGACUUGCAGCACUGGGACGAGGUGUACGGCCCGAAGUACGAGAUAUCGACGAAGACGGAGUGUGAGUGCAUGCGAAAUCUGACGGCGCGCGACCAGCCGACGACACAAGCCCGUUGGUGCAAACCCAUACCGCGCACGGACCCACUGGCAUCGAAGAAUUGGCCGCCUAACAGAUACGGAUCACGAACCGACGCGCACGGGUACGACGCGGGCCAGUUCGCCGUACAUAAUGCUCGGUACAGCGCAGCUCAACGAGCAGCACUGCGACAAGCAACAGUCCACCAGGCAUCCGGCGCGGCGUGCAAUGGCCUGCCGAGCAACAGCCGGGCAUACCCCAGCUCGACGCGCAUACGCCCGUGAAGGAUGAGUGUGCCGCAUCCUAGCCCGAGGAGGAGCCAGGCCACCGAGUAUGAACAGGACGAGCGGGAGAGAGCCUGCUGCGCGCACCCACUGGGCAGACGGUAGCUCGCACUUUUCUACGGUACAUUAUGAUUAGCUAGCGCUGUUCUGUACAGUAGUAGUCAUCAAUAAAAUAAUAUUGAGU